AUGGAGGACACGCAAAUGACCGAGGCCGACACGGCGCUCGAGACGCCAGCCUCGGACGUCUUCAUCCCGCCCUCGAUCCACGACGGCCCGCUCCUCGCCGGCGAGAGCUACUCGCACUUCUCGCCCGUGCCGCCCGCCCUCGCAUCCCCGUCCUCGGAGCCCGGCGACGGCCCAGCUUGCUGCCUAGGUGUCGACGAGGCCGGGCGCGGGCCCGUGCUGGGCCCCAUGGUCUACGGCGUCUUCUACCUGCCGCUCGAGCUGUCCGACCCGCUGCUGCGCGCGGAGCACCACUUCGACGACUCCAAGGUGCUAACCCCCGCCGUGCGCUCCGCCCUGAUGGAGAAGCUGUGCACGCCCUCGGCCUCGGGCUCCGACGGCGCAAGCGACAACGCGCUGCACUCCCGCUGCGGCUGGGCGACCACGUCCCUGUCCGCCCGCGACAUCUCCGCCAACAUGCUCCGGCCCUCGGCCGCGUACAACCUCAACGCCCAGGCCAUGGACGCCACCGUCGCGCUGAUCCAGGGCGUGCUCGCCCGCGGCGUCAACGUCAGGGAGAUCUACGUCGACACCAUCGGCCAGCCCGCCGCCUACCAGAAGAGGCUCGAGCGCAUCUUCCCCGCCAUCAACAUCACCGUCGCCAAGAAGGCCGACUCCCUCUACCCCUGCGUGUCCGCCGCCAGCGUCUGCGCAAAGGUGACGAGGGACGCCGCCCUCGAGGUCCUGUACAGGCGCCACGCCGGCCGCGGGGACGGGGAGCAGGCCGAGGCGGCCGGGAUGGCGUGGGGCUCCGGCUACCCUUCUGACGGGAGGUGCGUCGGCUGGAUGAGGUCCAACAUGCACCCCGUGUUCGGGUGGGGCCCCGAGUGCAGGUUCAGCUGGGGCACGGCGAAGGACAUGAUCGAGGCCAAGGGGGCCGGUAUCAAGGUUGAGUGGCCCGUCGAGGACGACGGCGAGACGGCCAGGUUGACCGACUUUUUCGUGGCGAGCGAGGGCCGGGACAAGGACGCGGAUGAGCUGGGCGCAUGGUUCGGGACACCUGCUGGGCUAGAAGCUUUUUAG